AUGGCUUCUUCGUCUCAAUUCAAACAGCUGGAAAAGCUCGGCAACGGUACGUACGCCACGGUUUACAAGGGUCUGAACAAAACCACGGGCGUGUAUGUGGCGCUCAAAGAGGUAAAACUCGACUCCGAAGAAGGAACGCCUUCUACCGCAGUACGUGAGAUCUCUCUUAUGAAGGAACUCAAACACGAAAACAUCGUCAGACUCUACGACGUGAUCCAUACCGAGAACAAGUUAACGCUAGUCUUCGAGUUCAUGGACAACGAUCUCAAAAAAUACAUGGACUCUCGCAUAGUGGGUAACACGCCUUACGGCUUCGAGAUGAGCUUGGUCAAGUACUUUGAGUGGCAGCUUCUGCAGGGGGUCGCUUUUUGCCACGAAAACCGCAUCUUGCAUCGCGAUCUGAAGCCCCAGAACCUUCUUAUCAACAACAAGGGCCAACUCAAGCUGGGUGAUUUCGGGCUGGCAAGGGCCUUCGGUAUCCCAGUCAACACUUUCUCGAGCGAGGUCGUGACCUUGUGGUAUCGCGCGCCGGACGUGCUGAUGGGGUCCCGGACCUACUCCACUUCGAUCGACAUUUGGUCCUGUGGCUGUAUUCUGGCAGAAAUGAUCACUGGCCGGCCGCUUUUCCCCGGCACGAACGAUGAAGAGCAACUGAAGCUGAUUUUCGAAACUAUGGGUACCUCCUCCGAACGCACCUGGCCCGGGAUCUCCAACCUGCCCAAGUACAACGCUCAGCAGCCCCAACACCUACCCAAGGACCUCGGAGCCCUGUUGCAGACUCAAACACGCGAGAAAAUGGACCUAGCCCUGGUCGAUCUUCUGUAUGGUCUGCUACAAUUGAACCCGGACCGCAGACUAAGCGCUAAGCAGGCUCUGAAUCAUCCAUGGUUUGCAGAGUACUAUCAACACUAG